AUGAGCUGUGAUAGUCUCUCUGAUCUUGGCUUGAAUGGCCAUUUCGGUCAGACUGGAGCAACGAUCACAGGCUAUUUCAAUCAACUUUCGAAAGAAAGAACUUCAUUAACAUUAAAAAUCAGGAGAGAAUCUUUUAAUGCAAUGAAUGUUCUUCUUAAGAGGGAUUUAAAGGUGCCGAAACCAAAGGUUUUGAAUUCUGACAAAGAUACACCGCUUUUACAACCAGAAAACGCAAUUGCUGCUCUUCAAUCUGAUUCUGAAAACACUAUCCUCACAUUUUUGAAUGAAUUCAUAAUAAACGUUCAAGCAAACUCCAAGAGCGUCUCUCGCCUCGUCUCGAACGAGAACUUUAUUACCAAUUUAACAGAAUUAUUUAACAAUGAGUAUUCUUCAUUGACAACAAUAGCUCUAUUCCAGGUUACAGCUAUUAUUUUCCAGCAGAGCAAGCUGAAUAGACAGCUCGUGGACUCUGAUAUCAUAGCCACAUUAUCAUCAUUAAUUUUAGCUGAUGAAUCAGACAUUACGACCCCUCUUAUAGCUCUUAUUGGAUCAAUUGCUGCAUCUUCGGCGUACGCGCGUGACGCACUUCUUUGCUUUGGUAUACAUUUUUCUUUAAUUGACAAAAUUAAGCAGACAGAAGAUGAAUCACUCAAAGAAGCAACUGGAAAGUGCCUGUGUAUCAUCUUCGGAGGUCCACAUCCAUACUCAUCUGACGUAGUUCACGAUUGUAUCCAAUCUUUGAUCCAAUUGCUCGAAAACGCCUCUAUUCCUUUAAUCCAGUCGAUAUUAACAAUCCUUAUAGAUAUGACAAACAAAGUUACGGAGACAGUUUACCUUAUCUACGACCUUGGCCUGUUUCCAUUCGUUAUUGAAACUUUACAGAACCCAGAACUUCGAACUGUUGCUCUUGCCUUGUGCGGGAACCUCACAGUAUCACAACCAAUGCAGGCAAAGAAGUUCAUGGACCUUGGUCUUUACGAUAUUUUAAUGAAUGUCAUGUCUGACGACGAUGAUGCUCCAUACGCACUUUGGAUAUUAUCUAACUUGCUUGAUAGUAUUCCAACCGUGAUAUUGCCACUGUUAACUAUGGAAAUGAUCCUUCAAUGCGUCCAAGCAACGGAAACAUCGACUUCUGAGUUCAAACAAGAGGUCACUUACUUCGUAGGAACAAUUAUCAUUGUCGCGGGAACAGAAAUCAGCCUUCUUUUCUUGAGACAAGAGAUAUUCGACCUUUUAGUUGAAAUGCUUGGGUGCGGCAUAUAUAAUAUUAUUGUUAGAUGCAUUGACUCACUCCAAAAAAUAGCUUUGUCGUCAAUUUCGACUGGACAUUGCGACCAAUAUUCAAAUUUGAUCCAUGCAACCGACUUUCCUGACAGAGUAGAGGAAUUGGAUGAUAGCGAUAACCCUAUUUACCAUGAUAAGAUCGAAUCUCUCCAGAAAACUAUAGAAGAUGUUGAAAAUCAAUGA